UGUUCGCAUCAGGUUAAGCGGCGGCCGCUAGGGGGAAUCGUCUAGCAGUGUCGUUCUUACGGAAUUCUUCUUGGUCACCUGAUAAACGCAGAAAUGGCUGGCCGACAAAUGCAAGCAGCGAGAUGCCCAACAGAUGAACUGUCUCUCACAAACUGUGUGGUUGCAAGUGAGAAAGACUUCAAAUCUGGGCAGCAUUUGACUAUUAAAACCACUCCAACUCAGAAAUUUGUUUUCACUGUGAGAACUCAUCCAAGCGUGGUGCCAGGAACCAUUGCCUUCAGUCUACCUCAGAGAAAAUGGGCUGGACUCUCUCUAAACCAAGAUGUGGAAGUGAGUGUCUACAACUUUGACCCGUCCAGACAGUAUGUGGGAACCAUGACAAUCGAGAUCGACUUCCUCCAGAAAAAGAGCAUUGACAGCAAUCCUUAUGACUCUGAUAAAAUGGCCAUUGAAUUUAUUCAGUGUUUCACUGCACAGGCCUUUAGCAUGAGUCAACAGUUUGUCUUUAGUUUUUGUGACAAACUCUUUGCGCUGGUCAUAAAAGAUAUUGAGGCCAUGGAUCCCAGCAUUCUCAGAGGCGAGCAGAACUCUAGCAAAAAACACAAGAUUGACAUUGGUCUACUGCAUGGCAAUAGUCAGGUGAUUUUUGAGAAAGCGGAGAGCUCGUCUGUCAAUUUGAUUGGAAAAGCAAAAACCAAAGGCUCUCGUCAGUCUAUAAUCAACCCAGACUGGAACUUUGAGCGCAUGGGCAUCGGGGGCCUGGACAAGGAAUUCUCAGAUAUCUUCCGUCGGGCUUUUGCUUCACGAGUCUUUCCUCCAGACAUAGUAGAACAAAUGGGUUGCAAGCACGUGAAGGGAAUCUUGCUGUAUGGACCACCCGGCUGUGGUAAAACCCUAAUGGCACGGCAGAUUGGAAAGAUGCUGAACGCCAGAGAGCCAAAAGUGGUCAACGGGCCAGAGAUUUUGAACAAAUACGUGGGAGAAUCGGAGGCCAACAUCAGAAAGCUAUUCGCUGAUGCUGAGGAGGAACAGAAGAGGUUGGGGGCCAACAGCGGCCUGCACAUCAUUAUAUUUGACGAAAUUGAUGCCAUUUGCAAACAACGUGGCAGCAUGGCAGGCAGCACAGGGGUCCAUGACACUGUAGUGAACCAGCUUCUGUCCAAGAUCGAUGGUGUAGAGCAGCUCAACAACAUCCUGGUUAUUGGCAUGACCAACAGGCCUGACCUGAUUGAUGAAGCUCUAUUGAGGCCGGGUAGAUUGGAAGUCAAAAUGGAGAUUGGCUUGCCUGAUGAGACGGGUCGUGUUCAGAUCCUAAAUAUCCACACGGCAAAGAUGAAGCAGUCAAACAUGCUGGCCAAAGACGUUGACGUAAAGGAACUGGCUGUCGAGACCAAGAACUACAGUGGAGCAGAGCUGGAAGGGCUUGUUCGGGCUGCGCAGUCCACUGCCAUGAACCGUCACAUCAAGGCCACUACUCAGGUAGAGGUGGACACAGAAAAGGCUCAGACUCUGCAAGUCAGCAGGAGUGACUUCUUGGCAUCUCUGAAUAAUGACAUAAAGCCUGCAUUUGGUAGUAAUCAGGAGGAUUACUCCAGUUACAUCAUGAACGGUAUUGUGAAAUGGAGCAAUGCUGUGUCUGACAUACUGGGAGACGGAGAACUUCUGGUGCAGCAGACCAAGAACAGUGAACGCACACCCCUAGUUACUGUUCUAUUAGAGGGGCCUGCUCACAGUGGUAAGACCGCACUGGCGGCCAAGAUUGCAGAGCAGUCCCAGUUCCCCUUCAUCAAGAUCUGCUCUCCAGACAAAAUGAUCGGCUUUACAGAGACCGCCAAAUGUCAGGCCAUAAAGAAGAUAUUUGAGGAUGCCUACAAGUCUCAGUUGAGCUGUGUGGUGGUGGACGAUAUUGAGCGACUGCUGGAUUUUGUUCCCAUCGGGCCUCGGUUCUCUAACCUGGUGCUGCAGGCUCUGCUGGUGUUACUGAAGAAACCUCCUCCUCGGGGUCGUAAGUUGUUGAUUCUUGGCACAACUAGCAGAAAGGAUGUCCUGCAGGAGAUGGGCAUGUCCGACUCUUUCAGCACUACAAUCCACAUCCCCAACAUCUCUAGAGGAGAACAUCUAAUGGAGGCCCUGGAGCUUCUUGGAGGCUUUCAGGAAGAAGAGCGAGCGAAUAUUGGCAAACAGGUGAAAGGACAGAGCGUGUGGCUGGGCAUUAAAAAGCUGCAAAUGCUGAUUGAGAUGUCACUGCAGAUGCCCCUGGAAUACAGAGUUCAGAAGUUUUUGGCACUGCUGAAGGAAGAAGGAGCGCUUGGCCCUGAUAAACAUGUGGCUUUUUAGACCUGGGGUGCAGAAGAGUAGCCUCACAAACCAAGGCUAUUUUGAAGCAGUUCAAGGAGUCAGGAAAACACUGGGUGCACUUGAGAGAGAGAAAGAAAGAGCAAACGUCCACACAGAAUCUCUCGUUAUCCUUCACUUUCCUGAAGUAUGGAGUACUGCAUGUAUACACGGCAUCUACACCACAGUGCCCCUGUUCAACACUAGCUCUUCAAUUCUCUAGUACUUGUGCACAAGCUCUUAUAUUUGUACAGUGCCUCAGAUGUGUAAUGACAUCAGAUUGAAUUGUUUAUAUAUGUAUAUGAAGACCCAUUAGGACUUU